AACGGCUGAAUGUAUUUUAAACAGUGAAUGUGAUUAUUUACAAUUAUUUUAUUUAUUCAGUGUGUAUUAGACUUUAAUUUAAAUGUAAAAAGUGUGUUUUGUUGAACGUCAUGAGUGGUCAUACGGAAACCACGUCGAACAGCAUGAAAUUCGCACCGAUGCCCAUGUCGGCCUUGCUGGCUCAACUGAUGCCCAUUGAGAAGCCCCCUGCGAGCCCGGACCAGAGCUACGCCACCCUGGACGAGAGCGACAACUCCACCAGUGAUGCCGGCUCCAAGCCUUCCUCAGUGAAACAGAUUAAACACCUACAAAAUGUACCAACAUCGACACCGCAAAACAAACUUUCAAAUGCCAAUCUCAAGCAAUUCAUUUCAGAAAAGAAAGUGGCAAGCCAUGAGGCUAAUAAGGAGAACUCUAGCAAUAACCAGUCCAUGUGCAACAACUGGAUGUAUCCACGGAAAGAGAUUCAGCAAUCCCAGAGUGCUGUAAAGCAAGUUGUUUCGAAACCAAGUAGUAAUGUAAGUUCUUUAGCACAGACUCAGCUAAACAACAAUGACGUCGUGAAGCGAAGCGUCCUGACUCCACUCCAUGUUGCUCCACACAAGCCUAUGGAUCCUCCUCCAAAGAGAACCCCAGAAAUGGCCAGAAUACCUCAUAGUUCUCAGAAAAAGUCAGCAACUCCUAAAAUAAAGUCUGGUAUUCGAAGGUUUACUCCAGGUUCUGGUAGAAGAAGCAAUAAAAAGACUCCUCAGAAGGUUAAAGUUCAAGCCACUGCUAAAGAGAGUGUAAGAUGUCUGUUCCCUGACAAUCACAUGAGCUCUAGAGACGAAGCACCCUGUCCAGCCACCUGCCCAGCCCCACAACCGCCACCUCCAUCCCACCCGGUACCCGAGACCCCCCUCAACAGGAAGCCUCUGCCUUCAUCAUAUGCCGCCACACCCUCGUACCCUCAGGGCGUGGUGCGGAACCAGUCCAAGAUCCUGUUCAAGACCACGGUCAUCAAAGGCAAGAACUACAUGUACAUAAAGAAACUGGGCACCGGUGGCUCCAGUGAGGUUUAUAAGGUAUUAGAAGUGGGCACGUCCUGUGAGUAUGCGGUGAAGUGUGUGAACCUCAGCACGGACCCGGAGCUGGCGCGCGGCUACGUCAACGAGGUGAAGCUGCUGCGGGAGCUGCAGAACUCAGACAGAGUCAUCAGGCUUUAUGACUACGAAUACGACCGCGAGAACAAGUUCCUCCGUGUCGUCCUGGAGGCGGGCGAGACGGACCUGUCGUCGUUCCUGCGCGCGCGCGGCGCCGGCCUGCCGCCCGCGCUCGUGCUGCACUGCUGGGAGGAGAUGCUGCACGCCGUCGCGCACAUACACCAGCACGGUGUGAUCCACGCAGACCUAAAACCCGCGAACUUCCUCCUUGUCUGCGGGCGGCUGAAGCUCAUAGACUUCGGCAUCGCGUCGUCGAUCUCGGCGGACGCGACGAGCGUGGUGCGCGCGCAGGCCACCGGCACGUACUCCUACAUCAGCCCCGAGGCGCUCAUGGGCGGCGCCGGUGGGUACGGGGGCGCGGAUCGCGGGGACACACCUAUUAAGAUAUCAUUCCGGUCGGACGUGUGGUCGCUGGGCUGCAUCCUUUACUCGAUGGUGUACGGGCGGACGCCCUUCGGACACAUCCCCAACCUGGCCAAGCUGGCCGCCAUCCUCGACCCCAACCACCGCAUCGACUACCCGCCUGUGGAGCACCUCCCGCCAUCACUGAUCGCGGCGCUCAAGUGGUGCCUCACCUACAACGCGCGCGCGCGGCCCUCAGUGGCCGAGCUGCUGGGAGUGACCUACUUGCAGCCGGCGCGCAGCCCGCUGCCCGCGCCGCUGCUCGAGAAACUGCGCCCUCUGGUGACGCAUGAGGAGUUUAGAGUGCUGCAGCGAGCGCAGUUGUAGGGUUGAUAGUCUUUUAAUGCCAGUCUCUAUAUAUCGAUAGCUGACAGUUUCUUUCAUACGAUUUUGUCAGAAUGUAACUUUUUAUGUGUCAAAGUUGUAUGCUAUCGAUAGAGUAUAGAAACUGGCAAUAAUCUGCCACUGUUAGGCGUUAUACAGUGAUGGUUUGAUAUGGCUGAAGAUUAUUAAAAUUAUAGUAAAGAUUUUGCAAUGAAAUUACAAUGAUAUAUAAUAUUAAUUAUAGCAUAGCGCUUCACUAAGGAGCAGUAAAUUAGACUGAGGAUUCACCACAGUGAUAGAGAGAAUA